AAGGAAAGGCCGGGGCUGCGACAUGCGCUCGUUUGAAAAUGGGAGGGUCGCGCGCCAUUCGCGAGCUGCGCGCGAGACAUCUCCACUGUUUUGUUUCCUGUGGUCCUCUCUCUCUCUCUUUUCUGUCCGCCAACCUGUUAGAGUGACAAGGAUAGCAUCAAGGUGGUUUCGGACGUGGAUGUUAGCAGUAGACACUUCACUUCGUGUCCGUGUCGUCGUCCAUGUAGUGUUCUGUGUUCCAAAUUUUGUUCGGUCGAGAAGCUCUCUCUGAAAUAGAAGUCAUGGCGAAAAAUCAGAAAAUUGAAGAGGGAUUAGAAUUAAUAAAGAGCGCUGAGAAGAGCUUGAAAACAUCUCUGCUAAAAUGGAGACCUGAUUACGAUUCUGCUGCUGACGAAUACAACAAAGCAGCUACAUGCUUUCGGAUUGCCCGUUCCCUCCAGCAGUGUAAUGAAUGCCUCUUCAAAGCUGCAGAGUGCUACAAGCAAAAUAGAUCAUUUUUUCAUGCUGCCAAGUGCUUGGAGCAGGCAAUGCUUAUGAGCAGGGACCUUGGGAAUCUUCUUGAGGUUGCUUCAUUGGCUGAGAAAGCUUGCUCCCUCUACCAGCAACAUGGAUCCGCGGAGUCUGGAGCUUUCGCUUUGGAUAAAGCAGCCAAAAUUAUUGAAGAAUCCCAUCCUCAAGAAGCCUUGAAGUUAUAUCAACAUGGUGCCGAUGUGGCCAUGACGGAAAAUAAUGUAAGGCAAUCCGCAGAAUUUGUCAACAAAGUAUCCCGGACUCUUAUAAAGCUUAAAAUGUACGAUCAAGCUGCUGAUGCUUUGAGACGAGAGAUUGGUUUGCACGAACAGUCCGAGCAUUUACCAGCUAUUGGCAGGCUUGCUGUGGCUCUUGUUUUGGUCCAGCUUGCAAGAGGUGACUAUGUGGCAGCUGAAAAGGCAUUUAAGGAAUGGGGAAACUGCUGUGAGGCACCCGAGGUUCAGACACUGGAAAUGCUGCUCCAAGGGUUUGAUGAAGAGGAUUCUGAUACCGUGCAGCGUGCUUUGAACAGUCCAUUCAUUAAACACAUGGACAUUGAGUAUGCAAGACUUGCGCGGGAACUACUGCCUCAACCCACAACUGUUGCUCCCAAAGCAACGGUUAGAGAAAAUGCCGCUCCAUCGUAUGUUUCUCCCAAUGCACCAUCUCAUACUGCCACAGCUCAAGUUGAUUUUGAUGAUACCAGUGCAAACACUGGUCUUGCCCCUCCCGCUGCACCGACAGUGGGAGCUGUAACCCCUUGCAGUGAAGAUGAGUAUGAGGGUGGUCUUUGCUAAACCUGAAUUCUCAGUUUGUUUUGACUUAUAGACUGAUGGCAAUAUUGUUAUAAUUCAGGGAAAACAUAAAAAUUUUAGUGUCUUGUUAAUUUUGUUUUUGUACUGGCAGUUGAGAAAAUAUAGGGUAAGUUGAUCUGGUUUAUUGUAUGCUGGUACAUACUAAUUAUUUAAUGCCUUUCAUAUGCUAGUUUUUAAACUUCUGAAUUUACAUGUAAUUUUACUGAGGGUAUGGGUCAAUACCUCAGUGUUGUGGGUUUGCCUUGAAUAGCAUUAGCCUUAGUGACAAACAAGAUUGACCUCCAUAUGGAAAACCAUCUGAGAGUUACUUGUACAAGUUAGAAUCCAAGGACUCUAGCACAAGCACAAGCCAUACUUGCAUGGGCAAACCUUUAACACUGCAGUUUCUAGACUCAUGCACCUGUAUUCUUGUCAUAAAUUUUCUUAACCUUCAAUUUGCUAAUUUUGUGUAGCAGAAACAGUCCAAUUGUUCCUUUUUUGAGAGUGUCAUGUGGUUUCUUUUGUGUAUUUUUAAAUGCCAUCUGAUUUGUGGCUUUUUCUUUAAAUGCUGCCCCUUAGUGGUAAUUGAUGAUAAAUAUCACCUAUAACAAUACCUGUGUACAACUAAUUACAACUAAUUGUUUUGCUAUGGUUGGGGCUGUAAACUCACUUAAUACUUGUAUCCCUCCCUUUUGAAAACUACACUAAGGUAAUUUCUGGAUUUACUUACAAAACUGUACUUUUUUGUUUUAUCGUCUCAUUUUUGUAGUUUGUAGGACAAUGUAUGUAAGCUAAGGCUUUUCUGAAGUCUUUGAAAGUGUAUAUUUCCUUUUUCUCUCUCCAUCUUCAAUUGAUGCUCUUUGGAAGAAUUUGUUCCAAAAUUUAGCUUAAAUUUGUUUUAUGUUUUUGUCUGGAUGGAUGGUUUUGAUUUGGAAGAUGGUGCUUACAAGCCCUCUGUGGCUUGUGUUUGUUUGAAGUUCGUGGUUGCAUAGAAUGUCUGUUAUCUGUUUCUCACUAGGUGUUCUUUUGAAGAAAGUUGACAUUGAUUUUUGUUGUGCUGAUUAUUGUUAAGUGAAUGAAGGGCUUUAAUGUGUAGACUUAUUCAUUUUACUUGUAUCUACCACCAUUUCCUUUAUUAUGCCUGUGAUAGAUUUUGGUGUCGUGUUCAAGGUUGGUAUCCUUUCCUAUCUAUAACAAACUACGGAGGUACCAGAAUAGCUUCAACUUGUUUUGUAUUGUUUGGCGGUAUUGAGCAUAAGUAGAACUCUCUUUUUGUACAUACUGUAGCUAUGAACAUAUUUUCCAAUACUUCCAUUGUGCUCUCAUAACUGAUUUAAAAGUGAUGGAUGUGAAGAGCAAUAUUACAGUAGUAAAUGUUUGCCAUUCAGAGCACUGUACACUUCUGAUAAUAUGCUUCUGUUUGUCACAAAAUCUUCCGAAGAUCUUAUAUACCAAAACUUUCUACAAGACUUCGACAAAGUUUGGUGAUAGAAUCUUGUUAGAUAAAAGCUCUUUUUUCGAUAAGGCAGAAGUUCCUCUGCUUGAGUCCACUUUGUCAGCUGCUGAUUAAUUUAUAUUAGCACUGCAUUCAAAUUUUAUAUUUUUAAAUUUUAUUUCAUCAUAUGGUGUAUUGUCUUAUCAAGUGAUGUGCACAAAGUAUUGUGUACAUUCAUAUUCACAGCCUAGUACCUUUUGUUGUUAUUUGAAAGAUGAAAUACUAUAGUUUCAGUGACUUGUUGAUUCUUUUAUAAUAUACAUCUAUUAUUUCAUCUGGAGGAAGAGUAAUUUUGUUAUCUAGUCGUGUAGCAAAUUUUGUUGGAAACUUUCUUGCACUGUGUUAAAAUUUGUUAAUCUUAAUUCCACAUUUUCAGAUUUUAAGUAUCAUGAUUGUGCACUUUGGAAAAUUCUGUGUGUCUAAAGAGAAAUAUCCUUUUCUUUUGUGAAAAAAAAAUAUCAACAAUAUCACCUUUUGGUUAGUGCCAUUACAAUGUAUAUUAAAAUAAAAAUAAUAACAUUCGCUAUUGUGGCAUAAGUUGAAUGCUUUGUAAUAUGUAGAAUCAUCGUUAACAAUCCAAUUCAUCAAUUGUGUAGAUGUGGAGUUGGAACCCAAAAUAAAAGUUCCAUAAGACACGCUGCUG